CAUCUCUAUUUAAGUCUUUGUAUAUAAUCUCUUUUAAGGAAUUAAGGAUUAUUAACAGUUUCCCUCCUUGUAGUUACUUUACAGGUAUCUGAUUAUGAUUGUCUAAAAUAUCUACCUUUCAGGUCCAGAAUGUGACAGCUCCAUAUAUAAUGAAAUGUGACGAUGACACAUUCAUCAGAGUGGAAUCAAUUUUGAAACAAAUCGAUUGAGUCUCUCCGGAAAAAUCACUCUAUAUGGGAAAUCUAAAUCUUCGACAUCGUCCUCUUAGAACUGGCAAGUGGGCAGUUACAUGGGAGGAGUGGCCAGAAGCUGUCUACCCUCCUUACGCCAAUGGACCCGGAUACAUAAUUUCAAUCAACAUUGCUAAAUAUAUUGUUUCUCAGAAUUCAAGGCAAAAGCUUAGGCUGUUCAAGAUGGAAGAUGUGAGCAUGGGAAUGUGGGUGGAGAAAUUCAACGCCUCAAUGCAGCCUGUUGAAUACUCACACAGCUGGAAGUUUUGCCAAUACGGAUGCACACUGAACUACUACACUGCACAUUACCAAUCUCCGAGUCAGAUGAUAUGCUUGUGGGAUAAUUUGUUGAAAGGCCGAGCACAAUGUUGCAAUUUCAGAUGACCAAAAUGAAGCACUGGUAGGGAGAUAACAGGAUUACAGAUUAGGCACCACCUAAACUUUUUUGUACUUUUCCUCUUUGGUGCCAGUAGUUGUCUUACACAUUUACACAUUCAACAUAACAAUAUCUUCUUGUA